GCACCCCCACCGAAUUCGAAACCAGGGCGGCGGAGGCGAUGUCGGCUCCGCCCUGCCUCCGCCGCCGACAGAGUUUGCUCGAAACCGCGUCGGCGAUUCCCUGCUCAAUGUGAAUUCACACUUCUCCCGUCUUUGCCAAAUCGCACUUGUUAAUCGCUCACCAAAACCUAGCUAGUCAAAUGGAGCCCACCGUAUCCUAAUUGAAACCGCCAAAAACCUCCUUAAAUAAAUCUGAUCUCAUCUACAGUCGAAGAAGAAGAAGAACAACAACCAAAUUCAGCGUUGACAAUUCUCAUCUUUUGGCGGCGGAUAUUUAAUUAUGAAGAAUGGACUUCACCUCCCCAACUUGUCCGUAGUUGAUACUUGCAUACAUCUCUGUAUAUAUACACAUAUAUAUAUAUUUACUAUAACGGUCUGUGCAGGAAGUUCGAAUGGAGAGCUGGAUCGCGUCAAACUUCUGGAAUUAAGAAGCAUUAAUUUGAUUGUUCUUCUGGUAGCGAGAAGAAAAUCCAUCAAAUUUGAAUUUUCUGACUUUUGAAUUGAUAACAAGAUCAGCAAAGUCCCUGAGGCUAAAUAUAUUAUAUGCGUAUAUAUAUAGAUAUAUCUUUGUUGGUGUAAUCUUACAUGUGUGAAAUCAAAGUGGCGAAUCGAAGGGACGAUUUUCAGGGGAAGAGGGGUGAAAGCAGCGAUGAUGCACACGAGGUGUUCGACGUAAGGGGGAAUAGCAACGUGUGGGAUUCAUUGGCUUCUCCUUUGCUUCCUGGAAUCGACAGACAGCGAGAGAUGUCUGCUAUGGUGCUUGCUCUGUCUCGUGUCGUCUCCGGCGGCAGAGACGAAGGUGCUGUCGAACAAAUCAAUGGCGGUGAUCAGCAGAGACCUGAAUUUGUUGCCGCUGAUAUUCCCAUUGCACCUUUCAACUUGGCAGCUUCAUUAGAGGCAAGUCCACCGGCUCCGGCUCCGGCUCCGAGAACGAGCGUAAUACCUACGACAGGGUCAUCUGCCGUGUACAUGUACACGCCGACGCUGCUGCACCCGACCGAGCACCAGGCAUUGGGCGUCGGGGGUGCCAUGCGGCUGAGCCGACGAUACAGAGGUGUGAGGCAGAGGCCUUGGGGAAAAUGGGCUGCCGAAAUCCGGGAUCCUUACAAAGCCGCGAGGGUGUGGCUCGGGACGUUUGACACGGCCGAGGACGCUGCCCGUGCGUACGACGAGGCGGCCCUCCGGUUCCGAGGCAACAAGGCUAAGCUCAACUUCCCCGAGAAUGUCCGGCUGCUUAACACCCAUCCGGCUGCAUCAUCGUCGUCCUCCUCGUUCAAUCCUGACUGUCAGAUUAGUCCCGUCUCAGUUUCAGACGAGGCGAUUGUGCAUAGCCAGGCUCAGUUUCAUCAGCAGCCUGACGGGAAUUAUGGGCCGUCGAAUUUAGCCGGGUUUAUGACGCUCGACGCUGUGCAACGGCUGCACGGAAGCGAUGGUGGUUCGACUUCGAAUCGGUUGUUGGAUGAGCUGAUGGCUUAUCGUAAUCCGGACCGGUUUGAUCUCGAUCAGUACUGGCCGUUUCCGGUGGCUCCGACGCUUCCGGCGGCAGGUCAGGCCGCCGAUGAGGAUAUUCCGGCGGAUGGCAGCCAGAGGACAGAUUCCGGGCAGCAGACAUCCUCUGGAUGAGAAUUCUUGAAUGUGUUUGUCUGAGUUCUCUUUCUCUUUUUAACUUAUAAUUUUGAGUAUUUUGUUUUAUAGGGGAGAUGCAUAAUAAUAUGAUUCUUGGGUUUUGCUUGGAUUUUCUGUUUGCAAAUCCCAAUUGAAGACUCCAUUUUGGAAUUUUGAAAACAUUUGGGAAUAAUAUAUUUAUAUAUAUGUUAUUAAGA